UUAUGGGAUUUUCACCUGAAGCAGAUAUUAUUAUUUUUGGUUCGGGGAAAACAUUUAAAAAGUAAAUCCUAAUCAAUUAAUCUGCCCGACAGAAGCUCCAGCAGAAAUUGUUGCUGCUGAAUACAAACCCAGUAUGAAUAUUGAAAAAAGGCUCUUGAUGUUACACGUGCUCCUAGGAGCUUCUCGUGUUGCCUUUUGUGGGGAAUGGAAGGCCAGUGUUGUAAAGAGCGUUGACGCCCUGGUAACUUCCUGUGUGGUUUUGCCCUGUUCAUUCAGCCAUCCUAAAGAAACACUCCCCAGCUCCAGACUGAGAGGCAUCUGGCAUCAUAAAACUCAACGUAACCAACGUGUAUAUCAUCAAGAUGAGACAACAGUGUUAGCAAACUUUCGAGGUCGCACUCGGUUGUUGGGGCAUUUAGGCCAGGGAAACUGCAGUUUGGAGGUUACAGAAAUCAAAGACUACGACAACGGUCCUUUCUGUUUCCGCAUUGAAUUAGCACCAACAGAGGGCGAUAUGGACAGCCCCGACAAAUUCUCCUUUGUUGAGGAUUGCGUGGAGUUGAAAAUGCUACCUGGCCCUCCAAAACCAACGCUGACCCACGCAAAGACAGCAUAUGAAGGCCGUCCAUACAUCGUCAUCUGUUCGGUGACCUACACUUGCCCCACCCACACGCCCUCGCUGACGUGGAGCCGGGGCAACGCUGAUGACAUAACCACCGUCAUCAAAGAAAUUCACGCCGGUCAUUGGGAGGUUCAGUCCAUCCUCAUCAUCAUUCCCGAGGCAAAGGAUGACCACAAGGAUGUCACUUGCGGGGCCAGUUUUUAUGGAAGGAUGUCAUCCUCUGAUAAUUUCACUCUUUUUGUCAAACGCACAGAAAACCAUCACCACAUCAUCAUUCCUGCAGCUGUAGCAGUUGGGUCAAUUGUGCUCUUCGGAGGAAUCUGCCUUUUAAUGGUGAAAAAAUACAAGAAGCGCAUUGUGGAACUUCAAAAUCAGAGCAGCAUACGGAAGCGGCUUUCAGGAUUGGGUCGCAGGACUCGACCAAUUCCUUUGGAACAGACCUGUGCUAAUCAAAGGCAAGACAUCCAGUCACGGCUAGGCCCUUCAACAUCUGGAGUUGGACAGAAGUUCCGGAAACCACCACCUCCAAAAUGCCAGCCCAGUUCCUGCAGUUACAAACCGGACCUAUCCGAUGCUGAUGACUACGAGAACACGGCAGAUCUCAAUGUGUACACGAACUUCUGAAGAAGAGGGAUCAAGUCAAAAACACAUCAAUUUUGAUGUCUUUUAUAGCAGCAAAAAGAUAUUCAUUAUUGUUCUGUUUAUAUCUACCGUAUAUAAGAUGGCCCUGAUUACAAGACGACCCCCCUUUUUCAAGACUCAAGUUUGAAAAAAGACACCAAAUUAAUUUUUAUACAGGAAAAUCAUUACAGUACAUCUGAAACAAAGGAUUAUAACAAUAUAUUUGAGAGAUAAAGCAUGUUAUUUUACCUAAUUCAAAUCUUAAUAUCUGAAUAUUUAAAUAUGUAAACUAAAUUGCAAUCAAAUUUGUAAAUGAAUGGCUGGUUUUUGAAAUGUAAAUAAACCAAUCUAUUGUGAUAAAACAACAAAAUUGCAAUAACUGCAUUAACCAUAAAAGUGAAGUCUAACUGUAACUGUAGUCUUGAAACAAAUCUGAAUAAGGAAAAACAUUGCAAUAAAACAAUGCAAACUGGUUAAACUUGGGAGUAGCUGAGAUCUCUCAUGACAGAACAUCGCUUUAAUGAUAUCUGGCGCCAUCUAGCGUUGUGAAUGGGUAUAAUGUCUAGACUGUGAGUAUACAUGUCAGAACACAUUUCAUGAAACUACCCUUCGUUUUCUCCAAACUCUGGACACAAAACACUUUUCUCAAGCUAGUUCCACAAAAACUCGCAUUCUCUUUGCAAAACGAAACUCUCACUCCAAAAUCCUAACUUUCAACCAGAAAACCCAAACUUUCACCACAAAACUGUUGCCCCCAAGGCCAAAACCAAACUUUGACAACAGAAUGGUCCUCACAGCUUGUAAAAAUGUAGACCCUAUUGGAUAUGUAUCGCACACGUCUAUAAAAAUAGAAAACACAAUGUUCAGGGUGUGAUGUUCUAAGUACCCCAUCAUCUGUAUAGUAAUCAAUAGUAAGUGACAGAUUAUUUUUAGGGGAAUUGAACCCCAUUUAUUGAUGACAACCUGUGCACAUGUACUUUUCCCAAAACAAAUAUUUCAAAAGAGAACAAAAGCAUACAUGGGUAUACUGUAGACCCUACUCACCUACGUCACAAAAUGACGUGUCGCUGUAUCCGGCCGCCAUAUUGUCCGUAUUUUUUAGACCUACUCUCAUUGUUUUCAAUUAGUCGUGCAAGUUAUAGAGCAAUUCAUGGAAGCCCUGGUGUUAUAUGAUGCCGUAAACUCAUUGGAUGCGUUGCAUAAAAGGCGUUAUGUGGAAAAGCUUCAGUUUAUCCAUUCGCCAGAUCCAUAUUUGAUGCCUAAAUCGAUGUUUUUCGACCCGCUGUCUUCGCCGUCUUUGCCUGACCCUGAUAUUUACAACUAUCUUGUCCACACAAAAUCAGCCUAUUCUCACGAAAGUUUGAAAAACUUUAUGAGCUUAGAGGCUUAUAAAUACUACGUUGCUGGUUGGAUGAAAGAGGUCCUCGUACACGAAAAUUCGGCAGGAAUCUUGUGCUCGGUAAGGUGAGUUACGAAAUUUUCAAUUCAAAAUCUUUUGUUCUUGCUAACAUCCACUGUCAAGUCUAAUGUAUUUCAUGUCAUUUGUCAAUGGAGCUAGGGCUUUUAAUGUUUAUAUGGUUUAGCGAUAGCACACUCACUACAUAUAUAUAUAAUAUGUAAUGAAUGUGAAGUGCAAUAGCACUACUCCAGAUUGUCCCUAGUUGAAUUUAUUUUUUGGCUUUUGACCUCAAUAGUGAAAUUGUAAAUGAAUUGUAUGACAACUGUCUUAUUAUCCCCUUAUAAUUAUAUAUUUUCAGGUAGUUCAUUCACAGUGUAUGUUGUCGGCGAUUAGCCUAGCAAUGAUCUUAAUUGUGGUUGUCAGCCCAAAACCCUCUAAAUAUAUAUUAAAUGCAUCUUACCAGAUAUAAAAUGACUACUACAUAAUCUUUCGUAGUCGUUUGGAGCCCAGUUUUCUCGUCGAAUUGCAGCAGUCAAUCGCGCUCUCCUCUCCGGGUCUCUCGGAAUACGGUAAAACUUCAAGUCUCUCCGUCUAUCUUCUCUGUUUUUGCAACCGACCGCCACACAUGACUUCACCAUUUUGAUUAUUAAUGUUAACGAGCAGAAAAACACGCCAUAAUAGGAGGAAUUUACAAAGCGCUAAUGCAUUAACAUGACGAGUAUACGGACAACAUGGCGCGGGGGCGUGGCUGUGACGUCACGU